GAACGCGUAAACUCGUUCUUGUUGCGCCUACAUUACACUCCACCAGCCUUCCCCUUCAUAUACGCACCGCAACGAGCAAAUUCGCUAACUGGCCUCUCUCGCCUGUUCUACAAUGGCACCAGUGGUGUAGACCCAGGGGAUAAUUGCAGUCGUUUUCCAGAACCCGAGGAUCUCGAUCACGCGCUCACGCGGCCGACACUCCACGAAGCCGCGGCCAACGCGCGGAUCGACAAGACGAGGGAGCGGAGAUGGCGCCACCCACGAUCCUUGCGCAUAAGUCCUCCUUCCUAACGGCCCAGACCCUGCAGCUGUCGCAGGCCCUAGCGCCGAGCGCGACGUGGCGGGCCGCGAACGAGCGCCUGCGGGCUAGCGAUGGCGGCAGCGUGCAAGCGCUGCCCGAGAGGGCCGUCGACGAGGCCCUGUACCGCGCGAACCACGUGCUGCUGCAGCACGCGCGCCGCGCCUACGCGCCCCAGGCCUCGCGCCACGUCGCCGAGCAGAUCGAGAUGCUGUACCACGAGGCCGCCGAGCGGGCGGUGCGGGGGGACGACGACGAUCGGGGCGGCGACAGCGGGGAGGAGGAAGAGGGCGAGGUGGGAGGGGAAGGGGCCGGAGAGGGGGAGGCGACGGGCAGAAGGCGAACAAGGGUGAGGAUAAGAGACGACGGCGUCGCAGGCUUCUUGCGGCUAAACGCGGAUUUCGCCUCCGACGCCAUCAUCUCCUCGCUGCCGGCGUCGUGGGACCUGCACUCGCCGGCGCAGGCCGACGCGCGCCCCGCCGAGGCGGCCCGGUUCGCAGAGCUGUCGGCGUCGCUGACGGCCCUCGCGGCGCGCCGCGCCGCGGCCUGCGACCGCCUCGCGCGCCUGCACCGCAUGCGCGACCUGCUGGCGCCCUUCGCCCCCGCCGCCGACGCCGACGCCGGCGGCGCCGUCCAGCCGAACCUCGUCACGCGCGACGGCGACGUCGAGCGCGAGCUCGAGCGCAUGCGCAUGCUGCUGGUGCGCGUCAGCGCGCGCGUCGCGCAGCUGCCGGAGCCGGAGCCCGGCGCGGAGGCGACUGUGCAGGACGUCGAGGCUGCGGAGCGCGGCAAGGUCGAGAGGUUGCUGGAUAGCUUCUGAGAGAUGGGAGUGAUGGUUUCGAGACCGUUAUGGCGUUUGGGAGGUUAGCUGUUUCGCGGUGUGACCAUGUAGAACGCAUGAUACCCCCUAUUAGAUACGAACUUUCUGGUACUUCCGUUGAGCCCCCCAGGUGGCUAAGGGGUCCUUCGUCAGGUUGCAGGCAUUCCGGCGGUUGUUAUCACUGCGGACGGGGCAAACGCCGGCUUACAUGGGAGCUUCCCGUGUGCAGGGGCCAUACUCUACGUGAAUAAGUGAAAUGGAGGGAAAGCUAUGCUUUGCUUCGCCGUGCGCGUCUCAAUCUGCCCCUAUGCUACUCCGUUCCGCUCUGUAUCGCCCUUGGUACGAAUCCAAUGUGCAACUCCCCCC